AUGGGUGAGCGCGCAAUAAAGACCGCAAUAAAGCAAGGCAAAUCAGCCGGGCUCCGGGGCCUGGUGCCCGCGAAUCAGCGCCCUCCACCGGGCGCCCGAUCCAGCCGGCUUCCUCGUCACCUGCCCACAGGGAGGUGUCUGCCAGAGUGCCUGCCUUUCAGUCUGAGCCCGUCUGUGCCCCCGACGGACCUCAGGGACUCCACAGCCCGAGAGCUGCAGGAACCCAGCUCAGACCCCAGCGCCUCCGCGUCCAUUCCCAGUGACCAGACCCCACAGCAGGAUGGCAGGGGCAUCCGGCCUCUGCUUGGGCACUUCUGGGGGCAGGAACCCACCACGCCCAAGGCACUCUGCUCCAACUGUAGAGAUGCGGGGGGUGCCGGCUACACCGCGGCUGCAGGGACCCGGCGCGGAAACGCUGCGCACGCGCACUGGAGACACUGCACGUGCUCAGGGGCCCGCGCGUGCGUGCGCCAGAGCCAGGGGGCGGGGCAGGGCGAGCGGCUCUCCGGCGCCCUCUACAGGCUGAGGCUGAGCUUGCCCUGUGGCCGGGGAGGGGUGCGGGACGCCGGCUGCUACACCGCGGCCGCAGAGACCUGGUGGGGGACGCCGCGCACGCGCACGGGAGACGCGCACGCACACGGGAGACGCGCACGCGCACGGGAGACGCUGCACGUGCUCGGGAGACGCUGCACGUGCUCGGGAGACGCUGCACGUGCUCAGAGGCCCUUGCGCGCGCGUGGAGCCAGGGGGCGGGGCGAGCUAGGCACAGUGCGCCUCUCCAGCGCCCACUACCGGCCGAGGAACGUGAGUGACGGCAGCCCUGCCCUCUCGAGGGUUCACGGCCCAGUCUUGGAAACAGACCUGCGGGAGGGAAUCAGUGCUCAGGCGAUGCGGACUCGGAGAGCCCAGGAGCUGCAGGACCCCCACGGAGGGCGCAUGCCCAGGCUAGCGGGCAGGGAGGAGGCCACCCCUCUGCUGAGCCCUGGAGACCGCUUCGCGGCUUCCGAGAGCCUGCUCACCGACCUACCCCCGAGGACCUGCGCCCACUGCUCUCCCCCAGAGAAUGGGCAGCUUCGUUCAGGUCUGCAGGGCGCGGAGCGGCCCAGGACUCAGCCUGCUGGGGGCUAA